AUGAUGAAGACCAGCCUUUUACGGCAAGCGGCCGCAACCCGUGUCGCCCUCGCCGUCCGCCCGGCCCAGGCUGCAUUCAGGGUUUCGUCAGCUGCCCUCGCCCUCUCGCGCUCCUCCCGCAAUACUGCCGCCGUCUACCGUCCCGCCGCCUCGCUGCUUCGCUUUUACUCGAGCGAGUCCGCAGCCCCGGCGACCUCCGGCGACGCCUCUUCGGGUCCCGUCACUCGAUUCGCAGACCUCCCACAACUCGGUGUGCAUUCACGGCUUGUCGCUUCCCUCACGCAGGGCAUGAAAUAUGAAACCAUGACGGAUGUCCAGGCAAUGACCAUCAAUGCUGCUCUUGCUGGGAAAGAUGUCGUUGCCCAAGCGAAAACCGGCACGGGCAAGACCCUGGCUUUUCUCGUUCCCAUCGUUCAAAGGAUCAUCGCCGUCGAGCCGGCACUCGCAAUGCCCCGCGGCGGCAGGGCUAGCUCGGAUGACAUCCGCGCCAUCAUCGUCUCGCCUACCCGUGAGCUUGCCGAGCAGAUUGGCGUUGAGGCAAGGAAGCUUUGCCAAGGAACCGGUGUCAUUGUCCAGACCGCCGUUGGCGGAACCCAGAAAAACAUGAUGCUUCGCAAAACACGCAUGGAGGGCUGCCAUUUGAUGGUAGCCACCCCGGGCCGCUUGUACGAUCUCCUCUCGGACCGGUCUAGCGGAAUCGAUGCCCCCAAUCUUGCCGCCCUUGUGCUGGAUGAGGCCGACCGCAUGUUGGAUGUCGGCUUCAAGGAGGAACUCGAGAGCAUCAUCCAGUAUCUGCCGCAGCGCAAUGAUGUGCCCCGCCAAACCCUCCUCUACUCGGCGACGCUGCCCAAGAACGUGGUUAACAUUGCUCGGCAAUUUAUCAACCCGACCAACUUCGAGUUCGUCCAGACUGUCAAGACAGACGAAGUGCCGACCCACGAGAAAGUGCCGCAGUUUAUCGUCCCUUGCCGCGGCUUCGAGAAUGUUGGCCCCGCCCUGCUCGAGUUGAUUCGCCGCGAAAUCCAGAGGGCCAUGGACGACCCCGAAAGGCUGCCCUUCAAGGCCAUUGUUUUCCUACCCACCACGGCCUCGGUCAUAAGCUACUCCUACUUCUUCCGCCGACUCAAGUUUAUGGACCGCACGAUGCCCAGGAUGUACGACAUCCAUUCCAAACUACACCAAAGCUCACGGACUCGGAGCGCCGAUGACUUCAGGGCCACGAAAUCGGGUAUCCUCUUUUCCUCCGACGUGUCGGCCAGAGGCAUGGAUUUCCCCAACGUGACCCACGUCAUCCAGCUUCAUCUCCCUCAGGAUCGUGACCUUUAUAUCCAUCGUAUUGGGCGUACCGGCCGCGCUGGCAAGCAGGGCCAGGCUUACCUCCUGGCCUCGGAUCUUGAGAUCCCGGGCGCGAGGCAACGUCUUCCGGGCCUGCCCAUCAAGCGAUGCACCGACAUUGAAAGCGCCUCGUUUGACGUGACCAAGGGUGACACGCCUCCCACCGUCUUCAACGACAUCAAAGAGGCCGCCCAAAAGACUCCCUACGACAUACUCAAGGAGACCUACACCUCGUUCCUCGGAAACGCCAUCAAGGACGUCCACCGCCAGGAGCUUGUCAACGAGGUCAACAACAUGGCCAAGCAUGCCUGGGGUAUGGAGGAGCCCCCGACGGUUACGCCAAGGUUCGCUGCCCAGAUGCCCGGUCGGAUUAGGGGGCUGCAGAUUGCCGACCAUGACCCCCGUGCCGGUGACCGUGACCGUGACCGUGGUUUCGGUGGCCGCGGCGGUGGUUACGGUGACCGUGACCGUGGUUUCGGUGGCCGUGGCGGUGGUGGUGGCUUCGGUGGCCGCAGCGGCGGUGGUGGCGGCUUCGGUGGCCGCAGCGGUGGCGGUGGUUUCGGCGGUCGUGGUGGCGGUGGCCGAGGUAAUGGCCGUCGCGACAGGCCGCCUCCGCGUGACGGGUUUGAGAUGAUGGAGCGCCUCGCCAACGAGGAUGGCCCGCGUCAGCGGGGCAGGAACCGGCCUUCGUCGUCCUUUUAA